AUGGCAGAAAAGCAUCUGGAUAGUAACUUCUCUUCUGAAGAAACAGAUCGCAAAACCAAGAUGUCAGCCGCCCCUGAUCUAUCCAAAGUCGAAAGCCACACUGUCGGCGACAUCCAGUUCGUUGAAUCAGCUGGCACCAAGCGCAACAUCAAAUCUCGACAUGCCCAGAUGAUAGCCAUCGGCGGAACGCUUGGUACAGGUCUUUUCGUCGGCGCCGGGCAGGCACUCGUUAUCGGCGGCCCAGCAUUUACCUUCAUCGCAUACUGCCUGACCUCACUUCUCGUCUAUUGCGUCGUCUCAGCAAUCAUGGAAGUCGCUACCUUCCUUCCGCUCUCCGGCUGCUCCAUGGCAUAUUAUGCAAAUCGAUUCGUAUCCCCAUCGGUGGGAUUCGCGCUUGGCUGGCUAUACUUUUACUCUUUUGGAAUCCUCGUGGCCUACGAGAUCACAGCUGCAUGCAUAGUGAUAGGUUUCUGGCCUAAUAAUAUUCAUAUUGCUGUGUGGAUCACAAUCAUGAUGUUGCUCAUCAUUGGACUCAACCUCUCACCUGUUGGAGUGUACGCUGAGACCGAGUUCUGGUUCGCCGGCAUUAAAGUGGUCAUGAUCACUGGGCUAUUGCUCUUGGCCUUCAUACUCGCAUUGGGAGGUGGUCCAACACACGAUCGCUUAGGCUUCCGAUAUUGGAACAACCCCGGUGCGACGAAAGAAUAUAUCGUUGGCGGUCCCGGUGGACGCUUCACAGCAUUUCUCUACGUCUGGGUAUUCUCCGGAUUCUCCUUUUACUUCGGCCCCGAACUCAUCGUCUUCACAGCCGGCGAAAUGCGAAAUCCACGCAAGAACCUUCCUAAAGCAGGUCGACGCUUCUUCGGCCGCCUGAUGGCUUUUUAUGUGCUGGGAUCACUAGCAAUCGGCGUUAUUUGCAGCUCGAAUGCAGAAGGUCUCACUUCAUCAUCAGGAAACGCAAACGCAUCGCCAUGGGUCAUUGCCAUCCGCAACGCCAAAAUUGAGGCCUUGCCCUCGAUCGUUAACGCCGGUAUCUUGACGAGUGCUUGGUCUGCGGGCAACGCCUACCUCUACAUGUCCAGUCGGGCUUUGUAUUCACUGGCUGUUGCUGGGAACGCGCCGAAAAUAUUCGCUAAGUGCACGGGAUACGGUUUGCCCAUCUACGCGGUGAUAGCAGCAUCCUGCUUUGCACCACUAGCAUAUCUCAACGUGGCCUCCGCAGCCGGCGAAGUUUUCAAUUGGUUCAUCAGCCUCACGAACACAGCAGGUUAUACCAGCUGGAUCGUCUGCUGUGUCAUACUGCUACGGUUUCGCAAGGCCUGCGCAGCGCAGGGUGUUUCAGUGCCUUAUCAGUCGAAGAUUCAGCCUUACGGAGCAUACAUUGGCUUAGUAACUUUUACCUUCUUGCUUCUCAUGAAUGGCUUCACGCAAUUCUAUCCGGGCCAAUUCACAGCUUCUGGAUUUUUAACAACCUAUUUGGGAAUUCCUCUCUUUCUGGCGCUCUGGCUUGGACACAAGGUCUUCGCUGGUAGACAAGAUCCGUGGUUGCAGCAUCCACUAGAGACUGAUUUGACAACUGGGUUGAGAGAGGUCGAGAAUGAUGCAGCUAUGUGGACUAGACUAGAAGAGAUGAAACAUGGAGCAGCUGGGAACAAUAAGUGGGUGAAGAAGUUAUCCGUCUUAUGGGGUUAG